AUCGUAGACCUCUUUACUUGUAAGUAGUCUCGAGCAACUAAAUAUGGCGCGAAAAAAUUGCUGCUUUCCGGCAGGUUUCCCGUCAUUUUCCCUCACUCUAGCUCUCAUUUUCUUCCUCUCCGUCAAUCCCCUCCGGUAUUGCUCUGCCGGUGGCCAUGACUACCGUGACGCCCUCCGAAAAAGCAUCCUCUUCUUCGAAGGCCAACGCUCCGGCAAACUUCCGCCCGACCAACGUAUUAAGUGGCGUAAAGACUCCGCCUUGCACGAUGGCGCCUCCGCCGGAGUGGACUUGACAGGAGGUUACUAUGAUGCCGGAGACAACGUCAAAUUCGUGUUUCCAAUGGCGUUCACUACCACAUUGUUGUCGUGGAGCAUAAUAGACUUCAAAAGGAACAUCGGAAGUGAGCUUGGAAACGCCGUGAAAGCAGUGAAGUGGGCGACGGAUUUCUUGUUAAAAGCGACGGCUAAGGAAGGCGUCAUAUAUGUGCAAGUGGGUGAUGCAUUUUCUGACCAUAGCUGUUGGGAAAGGCCAGAAGAUAUGGACACUUUGAGAACUGUUUACAAGAUUGAUCAGAAUCAUCCUGGAUCAGACGUCGCCGGUGAAAUCGCCGCCGCUUUGGCCGCCGCGUCCAUUGUUUUCCGGUCACUCGACUCUUCUUACUCUAGUCUCCUACUUGAUCGUGCCGUUAAAGUUUUCGAGUUUGCCAACAGGCACAGAGGUGCAUACAGCUCCAGUUUGCACUCUGCGGUUUGCCCUUUUUACUGUGAUUUUGAUGGAUACCAGGACGAACUGCUUUGGGGUGCGGCGUGGCUACACAAAGCAACAAGGAGGCGUCAAUACAGAGAGUACAUAGUGAAAAAUGAGGUUAUUUUAAGAGCUGGAGACACCAUUAAUGAAUUCGGUUGGGAUAACAAACACGCUGGGAUUAAUGUCCUCAUUUCCAAGGAAGUGUUGAUGGGAAGAGCACCAGAUCUAAAAUCGUUUCAAGUAAAUGCAGAUGCAUUCAUCUGCUCAAUACUACCUGGAAUUUCUCAUCCCCAAGUGCAAUAUUCUCCAGGUGGACUCAUUGUCAAACCUGGCGUUUGUAACAUGCAGCAUGUGACAUCCUUGUCCUUCCUACUGUUGGCUUACUCUAAUUAUCUAAGCCACGCCAAUCAUGCCGUGCCAUGUGGCUCCAUGUCAGCCACCCCUGCUCUCCUCAAACACAUUGCCAAACGUCAGGUAGAUUACAUUCUUGGAGAUAAUCCUCAAAGAAUGUCAUACAUGGUGGGGUAUGGUCCACGUUACCCAUUAAGGAUUCACCACAGAGGCAGCUCUUUACCAUCAGUGGCGGCCCACCCAGCCCGAAUUGGGUGUAAAGGAGGGUCCAAUUAUUUCUUCUCACCAAAUCCAAAUCCAAAUCGCUUGAUUGGUGCUGUUGUUGGUGGGCCCAAUAUUACUGAUUCCUUCCCAGACGCAAGGCCUUUCUUUCAGGAGUCGGAGCCCACUACUUAUGUUAAUGCGCCAUUGGUGGGCCUUUUGGCUUACUUUUCAGCCCAUCCUUGAUCUUUCAUUGUAAAGAGAGAAUGUAGUGGUGUGCAAAGGCAAAGGCAAAGGCCACCCUCUCUAUAUAUUAAUAUUAUUGUUCAACAUUCUAAUUGUUCCCUAUUCAAUCAAUGAAGAAAGUACUACGACUUGUCUUUUUAA